AAGGCUGGCCUCACUUUCCAGAGAUGACAGGGCGGAGGCAGCUAGGGACAGGAAACAGGGAGCCUCACUUUUGCUCUCGGGCUGGUUCUCUGCGGUACUUGCCCCUACUUCUUCCCCAGAAAUUCCCCGCCCCUGGCUGGGUUGAUGCUGCUGCAGCCCCGACCCCGGCCCUGGAGUCGUCAUCCUGCCUGCACGCCUUACCCGGCAGUCCAGGCCGUUCCCUGCCGGCUCAGAGGUGCUGGCGGCUCAGCGUGGGGCUGAGGACACCACAGGUCGGGGCAGGAGCCAAACCCACCCAGAGGGGAUUCCUGACAGCUCUGCAGGCCAAACCAUGGAGUGCUGAGGAGUGAGCAGUGAGCUCUGGCUGAAGCCUGGGCCAGCCUCCCUGCGGCCGGUGGUCUUCUACUGAGAGCCCCGGCACCAUGAGCCGGACCUGCGGCAGGGAGGUCAUGUGGCCGACGGCCGUCACCUACGUCACCCGCGCCUACACGGGCACUCUGCUGGUGCUGGGGCUGCUGCUCAACAGCCUGGCACUCUGGGUGCUCUGCCGCCGCAUGCAGCAGUGGACGGAGACACGCGUCUACAUGGCCAACCUGGCCGUGGCCGACCUGUGCCUGCUCUGUGCCCUGCCCUUCAUGCUGUUGUCCCUGAGCCACACCUCGGACACGCCGCUCUGCCAGCUCUCCCAGGCCAUCUACCUGGCCAACAGGUACAUGAGCAUCAGCCUGGUCACAGCCAUCGCCCUGGACCGCUACGUGGCCCUGCGCCACCCGCUGUGGGCCCGCGGGCUCCGCUCGCCCCGACAGGCCGCGGCCGUGUGCGCGACCCUCUGGGUGCUGGUCGGCAGCUCCCUGGGGGGCCGCUGGGUCGUGGGGCCGAAUGAGGGCGGCUGCUGCUUCAGGAACACGGCCCGGCUCAGCUCCAACGCCACUCUAUUCUCGCUGCUGGGCUUCUACCCGCCGCUGGCCGUGGUGGUCUUCUGUUCUCUGCAGGUGGUGACCGCGCUGGCCCAGCGGCCAGCCUCUGACGUGGGCCAGGUGGAGGCCAGCCGUAAGGCUGCUGGCAUGGUCUGGGCCAACCUGCUGGUGUUCCUGGUCUGCUUCCUGCCACUGCAUGUGGUCCUGACAGUCCAGGUGGCUAUGGGCUCACAGUCCUGUGCCACUCGCAUCGCCCUCGAAGCCACCAGCAAGCUCUCGGAGGCCAACGGCUGCCUGGACGCUAUCUGCUACUACUACAUGGCCAAGGAGUUCCAGGAGGCAUCCGCGCUGACCUCGGCCCCCAGCGCCAAGGCCCACAGGAGCCAGGAGUCUCUGAGCAUGACCCUGGCCUAGGACCCGCCUGCCGGGAGAACCUGAACCUAGAAGCAAGCAGCCCCCUGGCGGACUAACGGAGGGAGUAAUGGUUGCAUCGCUAGGCUCCCAUGUAGUCGACCACAGCUAAAGUCCUUGAUUCAGUGGCUUAAAACUCACGUUGGGGGACCAGCAGUUGGCAUAAUGGCUAUGU